CCAGAAAUGACAUCAGAAAGACGAAGCGGUAAUCGUGAGGAACUAUUUGUCAAUGCUGCAAUCCGGACCCCCAAACCGGAAGCCCGGGACGAACGCUUUGACCUCUCAUUUAAGCGGCAUUCGAUCGAGGCGAAGUCGUUCGUUCAAUCUCGUCGCAGCAAAUCGAACGACAAUCCCCAAGACUUGGAAUUCUGCUGCAGUCGCAACAUCAACAGUAACCAAAGCGCGACAUGGCGAUAAUCCAGGACUGGAUCCCUCCAACAAGGGAGAACUAUGAGACGGUCUUGUUCUACUGGCAGUUCUGGCCCGUCCUCGCCUCGAUACAGUGGCUCAUCUCGUGGUACGGCAUGGGCAAGACCUCCAAGGCCAGCGCGCUCAACCUCCCGGGCCGCGCCACCUGGAUGGCCAUGGAGUGCCCCGGGUUCGCGACACUGCUCUACAUGGUGGGCACGCUGCCGGGCGCGCGCGGGAUCGAGGACCUGCCCUGGCAGAACAAGGUGCUGGCGGCGCUCUUCGUCAUCCACUACGCCUACCGCGCCGUCGUGUUCCCGCUCGUGGCCCCGUCCAUGGCGCCCAUGCACGCCGCCAUCGCCGCCGCCGCCGUGCUGUUCCAGCUCUGCAACGGCUUCUGCCUGGGCGCCUGGCUGGGCGCCUACGGGCCGACGACCCAGGUCGAGUGGCGGGACCGGCUGGCCCCCGGCGGGGUGGCGCAGUUUGUGGCCGGCAUGGGGAUCUUUUACUUGGGCUUGACGGCCAACUACUACCACGACGAGGAGCUGCGCGAGAUCCGGAGGCGCGAGGAGAGGCGGAGGGAGAAGGUGGCGCGGGAGCAGGGCAACAAGGGCGGCGCGGCGCAGGUGGAGAGGCACUACGCGGUGCCGCAGGCCGGCUUCUUCAAGUACCUGCUGUUCCCGCACUACUUCUUCGAGUGGGUCGAGUGGCUGGGCUUCUGGAUGGCGUGCGGCUGGGGCUGCGCGCCCGCGAGGGCGUUCCUGGUCAACGAGGUCGCGAGUAUGCUGCCGAGGGCUGUGAGGGGCAAGCGGUGGUACGUGGAGAAGUUUGGGGCCGAGAAGAUUGGGAGGAGGAAGGCCGUCAUCCCGGGGGUGCUGUAGGAGGGCAGCCGUGGUGCGGUUUUCUGGGCCGGUUGAGGGGCGGCCUGCACGGGGUGGCUGGUAUUCUGGUAUGGAGAGAAUGGCUGGAUAAUAGGAACGACUAAGGCUAUAUCGGGGUUGGGCUUGCUCGGUUACGUUGGUCCAUUUUCCAUGACCGGGCCGCGUGACUGAUCUUCGAUCUGGCACUUGGUAAGGAUCUCGGCAGCUAUGUUUGUACAUAUGACCAACUGGUAUCCACGAGAUUCCCUUGUACUAUAAAUCCACUCCAGCCUUGGUUCUUAUAGCAUGGGCAAGGUAUGUUGGGUGGCCUUUUUUGUCGACCCUCAAGAACCCAGCCUCCUUGGAACAGGGCCCUGGGCACUAUGUUCCAGCAGGCACAUCCUUGGCCAAGGUAGACAGAAAAAAUCACGAUGUUGGCCGGCCUCCUGGCGAGAUGGCUGGGGC